AUGGCCAACGACGAAUAUGACUUUCUCUUCAAAGUGGUGUUGAUCGGAGACUCCGGUGUCGGUAAAUCCAACCUGUUGAGUCGGUUCACCCGCAACGAGUUCAACCUGGACUCCAAGUCGACCAUCGGUGUGGAGUUCGCGACCCGGUCCAUCCAAGUCGACUCCAAGACGAUCAAGGCCCAGAUCUGGGAUACUGCCGGUCAGGAGCGGUACCGUGCCAUUACCUCUGCCUACUACCGUGGCGCCGUCGGUGCGCUCCUCGUCUACGAUAUCAGCAAGCACCAGACCUAUGACAAUGUCACUCGCUGGUUGACGGAACUGCGGAACCACGCCGACUCCAACAUUGUGAUUAUGCUGGUUGGAAACAAGAGUGAUUUGAGACACCUGCGUGCCGUCCCCACGGAGGAGGCCAAGCAGUUUGCCAGCGAGAACAACCUCUCUUUCAUCGAGACUUCGGCUCUCGAUGCCAGCAACGUUGAGCUGGCUUUCCAGAACAUCCUCACAGAAAUCUACCGCAUCGUUUCCAGCAAAGCCCUUGACUCCGGCGAAUCGGGUCAGAACCAGCCCGGUGACCGCCGCCCGGUGAUCGAUUUUACUCCGCAGGACAGCGAAACCAAGCAGGGUUGCUGCUAG